ACACACUUCCGCUCGGUAAAACUUCCGGAAGUUUCAGUGUGUUUGCCGCGAAUGUGACGAAGGAAAGAUGUUAAUAAAGUAAAAUCUGUUGUUUGUUGUCGAUGGAAGAAACAUCAGCUGCUCGUAUGGAGCUUUCAUCUUUACUUCAUGACCUUCAUCCCACCUCCUCCCCCUCAGAGAAGCCCCUCCCCUCUCCCUCCCUUCCUCCAAUCACAGAGCUCCUCUCUCGGCUGCAGGAGAAGCUGAUUGGUUCGUCUUCCGACUCUGAAAUGAGCUCCCUGAUUGGUCGUGUUGAGCGUUUCCUUCAAGCAGCAGAUCCCCAUUGGCUGUUCUCAGCCAGUCAGGAUGAUGGGUGGGCGGAGCUUCAGGUGGCGUACAGCUCUCUGGUCCGUGCUCUGAUUGGCUGUGCAGCUCUGCCGCUCUGUGAGGACGACUGCGGCUCUCUGCCGGCCGCAGCCUAUCAUAGCGUCCCAAGCAGAGCUGGAGCAGUAUGCUCCGCCCUCACAGCGCUGCUGGGAACUCUGGGAAACAGAGGCAGUCAGACUGGUGUGCUGCUGGCUGUGGCCCCGCCCAUCUGUGUGUUCUCCGUCACUCAUUUCCAGGUUCAGCCGUGGACCAGCUCCUCCUCCAGAGCAGCGGCUCAGAGCCUGCAGGAGGCGCUGCUGAGGGCAGGGGGCUGGAGAGACUCGGCCCACCUCCUGAUGGGGGACAGGAGUCAGGAGGUGGAGGAGGAGGAGGAGGAGGAGGAGGGAGGGAGGAGCAGAGGAAUUCUGGGAGGAAUCCUGGACGUCCUGCAGCCGAGCAGAGGAAUUCUGGGAGGAAUCCUGGACGUCCUGCAGCCUCAGCUGACAAAGGAGUCGUGGCAGCGCUGUGAAGCAGUGAAGGUGGUGUUUGCGUGGACGCUCCUGCAGGUGACUCGUCCCUCUCUGUCCCCUCACCUGUCCCACCUCCUCCCCCCCUCACUCCUCCUCAAUGACCACUACAGACCAGAGAACUGCAUGCUGGGAGUUCGCUGUCUGCACCACAUCGUGCUCAACACGCCUGCUGCAGACCUGCGUCAGUUCAACAGAGCAGAAGUUCUCUACCAGGCCUUAUUCAAACACCUGUACACUACAGAGGCUGCUGUCAUCCAGUCUGUCUUGUCCUGUUUGUUGGACCUGUUGUUGGUUUUGGAGAAGCCCCCCUCGUCUCUUGCCCCCUCCUCCUCCUGCAGGAAGCCCUGCCGUCAUGACGAUGUGCUGCGUCUGGUCCUGACUCACAUGGAGGCGGAGCACAAGGUGGCACUGCGACACGUCUACGCCACCGCUCUCCCUCUGUACAUCGACAGGAUGGGCGUGGCGGUGUGCAGACACCUGCGGCGGCUGGAGUGGGUGGUGCUGGGAUACCUGGAAGUCAGAGACCCACCUGAGGAGAUGAGUCGACUCAAGAUCCUGGAGGUCCUGGAGAAAACCAUCAGAGCCGCCUGGCCACGGAUGGAGUGUCGAGUUGGCGUGUUGCUGCGUUGCCUGUUGAAGUUGCUGGUUGACGUGUCCUCAGACUCUGAGCUCAGUGACUCAGUGAGACAGAAGCUGAUGAAUCAAACGUCUCUCUGCCUCAAACUGUUGGACGCCUGUUGUCAUGGAGACCUGCAGCCUCUCCUCCAGCAGGUCGACAGCAGCUGCUGCAGCUCCGAGGUGCUCAGUUGCCUAGCGACAGUCACUGUGACAACAGAGAGGUGACGCAGCAGCAGCACACCUGGAACACCUGAGAGUCUGACUGUGAGAUGCACUGAGAGCGGAGCUGCUGCUUCCUGACAGACAGGACUGAGGGCUGAGAGCACAGGAACAGCAGUGAGUCCAGCUGGUCCAGUCUGUGCUUCAGUCCCAGUAAACUCUCCUCGGCCUCCAGUCGUCUCACCUUCAGAUUCUCCUGCUGGUUCCACAAACUGCAGCGAAGACGAGCCUCAACGAGCAACGACACACAGUCAGUCAGGUUUAUUCUCUCUGACAUCACACACACUCACACACACACUCACACUCACACACUCACACUCACACUCAGGCUCUGUUUACACCUUUACAGACAUUUAUGAAAACAGAUAUUCUCCUCUACGUUUUGACCUCUCGUCCACACAAAGUGAGAUUUGAAAACAUCUUAAGUCCAGUUGUAACUCACCAGAUUCAUCACUGUAUAUGAUAUUAUAUCGAAUCUUUGGACAACCAAACGAUAUUUGCAGAUAUCACAGUCUGCCUUGAUAUGAUUUGAUUUGAGAAGAAGAAGAAAUCAUCUGAGCAUUUCACCCAGUUCUGCUCGUCACCUGUUAUUAGUGCUAACACUUUUACACUGCAUGAAUUAGCCUAGCAGCUAGCAGAGUUUUCUCCACUCUUCACUUCACAAAUUACAGGUAUUGUUUAUAUAUUUUCUUCCUCACUGUUGGUGUCAGUCUCUGCGUCCCCUGACACAACUGCUCGGUUGAAUAUCGGCUUGCGUGCAUGUUUUUUGAAACGUUGUUGAAACAGAGCAACUAAAGCUGAGUUGAGACUGCACGGUAUCAGCCUGAUUAUAACCUGACGCAGCCGUCGCACGGUGUCGGCUCGGAUCAUGAACGAGUGUUGUGCGUGAUAAUGCAUUGUUUAUCCCAUGUAGUGUGUCAUAGUAGAUCACAACUGAUGCUGCGUCUGGGACGCCUCACGACCGAAAGGAGGCAAGAAAGACAUUUUAAAACGAAGGUUGUGUGGACAGAAUUUUUUAUCUUAAAUGGAGGAAAAAUAAAUGUUUUCAAAAAUGUCUUCACACAUGUAGACAGGAGCUGUUUCUGUUCUCUGUCUCACAGUCACAUGUUUCAGGUGAAUGUCCAGUUUAGCUUAGCUUAGCACAAAGACUGGAGGUAAAGGGAAACUGUUAGCCUAGCUCCAUCAGAAGUGACAACAUCUACCUUCAGACCCAUCUGAGUCACAUGUUGUUUUAUUGAACAGGUGCAGACACACAAACGUAACAUGAGACACAUUUCAGUACAAUCAAAAACAGUCCCUCCCCAGUACUUAACAAAUUAUUUGUCAGGAUUCCCCCUCUUUGGACCACUCAUCCCCCCACAUAAAUAACAAACAGUCCCUAACCCUCUCUAAAGUCCAGAACUGCCAACCAGCUUGUUGGCUAACAGGAAACAACAUGUUGGUCAACAGAUAACUCCAAUGCUAACUGCUGCUAACAACAACAUCUCCUUUUUAUAUAUCUGUUUCCUGUUCAUCAAACAACAUGUGAAUCAGACUUUGAGUUA